AAUCCCUGACUGAGACGGUCGCUCAGCCAAUCAGCGCACCAGCACAGCUCGACGGAGGCGCGAGUGGUGUCUGGUGGUCAGAGCUGGUAGAAUUUUUUUUUUUCAAAAAGUUAAUUAGAAAUCUCAGGCCAUGCGACGUUAUUGGUCGGCCCCUCUGCAUGGGGAGUACUCGGCACAUCCAUAUUCUGCAAGGGACCACUACACGAAUCGUCCACAUUUACACCAUCAGUCUCACGGUCCCUCCUUGCUUGGAAUAUAUCCACCAAGCAUCUCUAUACAGUCUGAUGGUCGCCCCUACUUUGGAACACACCAACAAAGCAACUCCUAUGGUCGACAUUGUGCUGCACCAAGAGACCAGCCAUGGAAUGGAACCAGAAAUCAUUAUAACCUUCCUAAUAACCCAUGGCAAAGAAAUUACACUCAGGACAUAAGUGAAUAUUAUAAGAAUGCAUACAAUAAUGAAAGAGUGGCGAGUAAUAAUUUCCGGAUGUACACUGAAGAAACAACAAGAGUUACUUUGAAGAAACUCCCAUUCUUUGAUGUCAUAUCAACGUUAUUGGAAGUUGAUAUAAGUAACCAAGGAAUGCCAGUGGCACAUUACAAAUUUACUAUUACGGCAGAUAAAGCCAAUUAUUUCAAAGAUAAAAGGUCAACAAAUCCAUACCAAAUACAGCUGAGGGUAUGCAAGCCUGAUUGUACCAGUGAACAGACGGACUACUUUCCUUCCCUCCUACAAAUUGCCGUCAAUGACAUAGUUUGCAAGUUGCCAGGCAUGCAGAUGGUGCCGAGAGGUCCAGCAGGGCCGGUGGAGAUCACUGACAAGUGUAAUUUGUAUAUUAAUAAGGAAAAUAAAAUAACUAUAAAAAGACCACCAGAAAAGCUCAAGUUGUUUGUCCAGUGUGUGAAGAAGAUUACAGCUCAAGAUUUGAUACAGCAACUUAAAGCAAAGACUACUGUAAUACCUGAGGUUACAGCCUCUAAAAUUAAAGACAAGCUGAAGGGGGACAGUUCUGGAGAUGAGAUAGCCUCUACAACUCUUCAUUGUUCAUUGUUGUGUCCCUUGGGAAAAACUAGAAUGACGUUACCGUGCCGUGCCUCAACAUGCAGCCAUUUUCAGUGCUUUGAUGCUGUUGUAUAUCUACAGAUGAAUGAGUGUAAGCAAAAGUGGCUGUGUCCUGUUUGCUUUCAACCAGCAAUUUAUGACCAUCUACAAGUUGAUGGGUACUUCACAUCAAUCCUGGAACAAAAUAGCAGCUCUGACAAAAUUAUCCUGCUUGCUGAUGGCAGCUGGCAACCAGUAUCUGCAGCUGACAACAGGCAACAACAACCACCCAUAGAGAAUAUAUGUGAUGAUUACCAAGCGAAGGAUACACAGUGUGCACCGCACAACAUUACAGUGGAUUUAGAUAGUGAAGAAGACACCAUCAAUUAUGACAGUGCAGAAAAUCUGCAGGAGGAGGUGUUUAGUGACAGCUUGGAUGUCAACAUGAGUAAUGCUGGGACAGAUGCACAGGCUGCAGUAGAAACAAUCACCCUGAGUGAUGAUGAAUCUUUAAUAAAUAAUUCUCACACCAGUGAUCCUGGGUUCAGGUUCUCCAGUACGCCACGUAGACAAUCCAUGAGAACCAGACGAUCUACUUCACUUACGUACCAAAGCCCUGAUAAUACAGGUACCACACAGUUUACAUCUUCAACUCCUCUACAUUCCACGGGUAGAACCUUAGGGGAUUUUUUAGCCGUCCCUGAACUUAGAAGAUCUAAAAGAAAUACACGUAGCAAAGCCAGCAGUAGGGCAAAUAGUAUUAUGAAUAGCACAGACAAUGGAGGAAAUGGGAACAUGGAGAACAACUUAACUAACAGUGAAAUCAGUAGAAUGGACAGAAACACAAGUGAUAGUGUAAUCAGUAGAAUGGACAGAAACACAAGUGCUAGUACAAUCAGUAGAAUGGACAGAAACACAAGUGCUAGUACAAUCAGUAGAAUGGACAGAAACACGAGUGAUAGUACAAUCAGUGGAAAGGACAAUACAAAUACUAGUCAGAAAAGCAUGGCCAGUGGUAGUGUUUGCAGUGAUAGCAGUGACGUCAUCAAUUUAACAGAAGAUGACACUGAUUCCUUCUUUUCUGGAAGUGAUAAUUCUGCUGCUUCUUUUAUUCCUCUCAGAUUAUCAGGUGCUUGUGCUUCAUCCAGGAGGGCAACACAGACUACAGACAAAGACCACUGUCGGACACACUACAUGACUGGUAUGGCGCCCCACAGUAAUUCGAAGAAGCAAAAACAAUGGAUGAGAAAGAGGAAAAGGCCGAGGAGGAAUUUAAAGCACUCUAAAAAUAAAAAGGUUUGCAAACGUCCAUAAAGCUCUCCAACCCCCAUUGGUUAUUAACCAGUUCUCACGUAUGAGAAGUGAAAGUGCGGGUAUUGUACAAUAACGUGAUGUACUGUAUGUAUAAAUGCAUUCAAUUAUACACAUCUAUGAACAUGCUAGUGUUUAUUUUUGUAUUUUCAGGUGAUGGAUUAUUUUGUUUAAAUCUUUGACAGAACUUUUAUACUGUACAGUACAUUAUUGUUUGCAAAUCUUGUAAGGCAAAUGUAAAUAGCUGAGGAAAGCUAAUAGUUUUUAUUUGUCUAAAUGUACAUAUAACUUAUAAGGCUUUACUUUUAUACAUUCAUAUUGAGGAUCUUGUCAUACUGUACUUCAGUUCACUUUCCUAACUUGUAAAUAAUGUAUCUGGUGACAUAGAUUUCAUUGUACAGUGAAAAUGCAACACACACUUCUCUUUGCACUUUUACAUACAAGAUUUUUUUUUAUUAUUAUUUUUUGUUUAAGCAUUUAAUUGUCUAUCGGUAUCAUAUAUUUUGGCGAAUAUUAUGAUGAUUGUGAAUGUUACGGUGUGUGUUGGUUUUAAAGUGGGUACCCAAGAUAGCACCUGUGGAUUAUUUUUUCCUCAAGGAUUUUGAUAAGCAUUUGAUGUGUUUAUUUACAAAUUAUUAUUUGUAUGUUUACAAACUAUUUGUUCAUGUUUAAAGCAUGUGUACCCAAAUAUUUUAGUGAUGUUUCCACUUCCUUUAAGACAAAAUUCAAAUCUGAAUUUAGUAAGACAUAUCCUCCAGUAAAAGAUAAUUAUAUUUUGAAAGUAAAAAAGAUAAACUUUUGUAAGUGGGAACGGCAGGUUAGUGCCCCAAAGAGCCAUAAACUGCCUCUUCGGGACUAGUGCCAAUCUCAUUUAUUCAUUUGGUUAAGUAAUCUCAUUUGAAAUUGGUGGUAAUGCAAACAUCAAAUGUUUUAAGUGUUUGAUCAUUGUCACAACCCUUAACAAUACAUUAUUCCUUUGGCAGUGUUAUAGGUUUUUUGUGUAUACAUUAGUUAGUAAAUGUGGUGCUUACAGCUUUGUGGCUCCUGGAAGAUGAAGCUAUGGAAAGUAAUGACAAAUGCAAUGUUAUAUUAUGGCUGCCCGCACACACUUUUAUGCUGCGAGUAAUUUGUUAAGAAAGAAUGACUAGAUUACAUCAUAAUCUGCUCAUUUUGUUUUUAAGGUUAAAAUAAUUUAGUCACUAUAUACUGUAAACUCAGUAACCAUAUGUCUUGCAUAUGUACAUGGUGUUUUGAAAUUCAGGAUGAUCGUAAGUUUUGCUUUCCCAGUGUUCCUUCGAGUUGUUGUAACAAAGUAGCUUCUUGUAGAAAGUAUAGAUCUGUCCUAAGCAUUACAUUGGGACCACAUGUCUCCCAAUGUAAUGCUUAUGACAGAUCUGUACUUUCUACAACAAGCUAGUUUGUUACAUUGUGUCCUUCAAUAAAAUCCUUGAAUUCGAUUCCUUUGACAUCAAUUGUCUUAUGUCUUUUUGCUGUUGUAUUGACAUCCUGAAUGAUGUCUGGGAACUUGAGUAUUCUCUGACAGUGCUAUAUACUGUAACCUUCCAGGCUUGACACCGUUUGUUAAUUACUGACCAAUCUCACUUAUCCGGACUAUGUGGGAAGGACUCCUUGCCAGAUAAGCCAGACUUACGGAUAAGCAGGCGCUCUUAGCGAGGAAGUCCAAAAAUGAACAUAAUAGCAAUUUUUUGUACCACAAGCAACAUAACUAGAAUUUCCACACACACCAUCAAUCAAAAAUAUAUUUUAAAACAAACUUCAGCUUCCUUGUGUAUUCUGUUUUCUUGUUUGAUGUUGUAGUUCUUAAAAUUUGAACAGUUUACAUAACCUAAUCUCCAGUUAUCCGGAUAUGGCGAAGUUUUGCCAGAAAAUUAUCUAGACGCUAUUUUGACUGGAUAACCCCAAAUAUUCUAUUCAGUGUGCUUCAGAUAACUGAGCUAAUAUAGUACUUGGUAAACUGUCACUGGGGGUUGGUUUUCUCUUUUUGGAAUCCUUGGUGAAUCCUAUUCCUUUGAUAUCAUUUGCCUUGUGUUCUGUUCUCGUAUUAGUAUCCUAAGUGAUAUUUAGUGCUUUUUGAAUAUGCAGCGACUGUUGGUGCUACAUAGUCUUCCCGGCUUGGUGCCUUCUAUUGAUAAUUACUUGGUAAACAAUUUAGUCACAUCAUCAUCCAGAUAAAAGGUUUUAUAUAUAUCACCCAAGUUAAAAUAUCAGAUUAAUCUCUUCCAGUGCCAUUCAGGUGAAAUCAAAGAAAUUAAAUAUUUGUGAAAAAUUGGCUCUAAAAUUGAAGAGAUUUAUUUGUGCCUGGAAAUACUGCUGGAUUCUAGAGUACACAUUGCAUAUAACCUGUUUUCCAUUGAUAGUUGUCGUGAAGAUAAAUAUUCUAAGUGCUCCUUAUGUAUCUAUGGUGUAAUAAAAGUGGUGUCAAUAAUUCAGUUAAGAGCCAGUAAAAAUGAACUAUAACAAUUUAAUUUUUCUGUCAUAGUUAGUCAUUAUUACUUAGUAUCUCACUUUUGCUGGGUGAAGAAUACGCUAGGCAUGGACUAACCACUUGUGGCUACUGAGCAAAGAAAGGAAAUAUUAUUUUCAUAAGAGUGCAGUCUUACUUUACUAAUUCUGUGCAAAGGGACUUCAUGUGGACCUCUUAUGAGAGAAGUCAAAAUUUAAAUCGUUUGUUGAGGUUCUGUAAAAUUGCAUAAUGGUAUUUGUUGGAACUAACAUGGGUAUGGAUUUUUUUUUUAUCUAUCAUUAUUACCUUAAAUGCAUUAAUAUUGAAAUUCAUUCAAAUUUUAACAAAAUAUGAUGAUUAAAUGACUUUUAAACCAGAAUAGAUUUUGUUUAUGAAUCUUAAAAUUGUUCUAAUAUAUUCAUUAAUAUUUUUCACUUGAUACAAUUUUGGGUCUUGGAACUUUUAUUUUUGAAGGGGACCUGUAACAAAAUACUGCACAGACUAGUAUAAGGCUGGUUGCGUGGGUUUACACUCACCUGGGAGUCCCAGGAGCUGCCUGCCUGCACAAAAUACAUUAAAAUCAAUAACCACAUUUUACUGAGUACAGUAUCAACAAUUUGUUGUGUCUAGACAUUUCUUUCAUUGAAUUUAUUUAGAGUGGUGGGAUUAAUAUGCAUGAUAAUUAUCCUGCCAUUUUGCAUCUUUUUUGUGAUAUUACUAUAAGGAACUAGAUAUAUGUAUUGGUGAAAUUAAUUCAUAUGCUAGAACAUCUAUACUAUAUGAACUGAUCCAUUAUGUCUUCAAUUUCAGGCCCACUGUAACUUAAUUUUGUAUUUUGUCAUAAAUUUAUAAGUGGCUAGCUAAGUAAUACACUAAUUGCUUUGUGGCACUUCAUUAUUCAAUUAAAUAUUUUGUCAUUUCA